AUGACAACCGUUAAAAAACAUAAUAAUAUAUUUUUUAAAUUUAUUCUCCUUGGAGAAAAUAGUAUGAGAUGCUGUAAUCUGCGCAACUCGAAAUGGCAACAUGUGUUUGUAGAUCGACUCAUCUUGCGCGGUCACCGAGUUAUAAUGUCAUACUAUUGUUUGCCGUCCGCCAUAGUUGUGCCAUACCCGUUAACCAAAAAGACCAGGUUUGCCGAUUUUUCAAUCGUCCGGUUUUCGAGCUUGGCUGCUAUUAAUCAAUAACGCAGAGAUAUAAUAAAAACAAUGCCUUCUAAUAAACAAACUCGCAGAAAAGCUAAUGGUAAGGGAAAAUCGGCUAGAAAAGUUAAAGAAUUAAAUCAACCAUUGUCCAAUGAUGAUUGUGGUAACACCAAAGACGAAAUUGAACUUCCUAAAAAUAAACCUACGCCAAAACCAAAUGAACCUACGCCAAAACCAAAUGAACCUACGCCAAAACCAAAUGAACCUACACCAAAACCAAAUGAACCUACACCAAAACCAAAUGAACCUACACCUACAUUUUGGUUUAUGGUUAGACUAUUUAUACUUCAGUCAAGUAGAGAAGAUUUAUUGUGGUUGCAAAAUGUAAUAAAAGACUUUGAAAUUAAUGGCUAUAGUAAUGGGGAUACACCACGAGUAAAAAACAAGUUUGGAAUUAAUGAAGAAAUGGAAAUGGCAAAAAAAAUGUUGAAAUUAAAGCUGAAUACUUGUGCUUCGCACUGCUGUACAGGUACACAUGGAAUGGAAUAUUUAUUGGAAGAUUCUAAUGGAGAGCAUCAACUAAUUACAAAAGAAACACUGAUAUCGCAUCUGUAUAUUGAUUCUAAUAUACAACAUGUUGUACCAGUAGCAACCCAGCUUUCAAGUCGAAUUAUAUCUAAAAAAAUCACCCAUGAGUUCAUUACAAAAUUAAUUGAAUGGGAUGAUACAUUCAGUCAUUUAAGGGGAGUGAAUCCAAGAAUAAUUGAUGAUUAUCUAAGUAAAUGCCAAAAAGAUGAUUGUCUCGAAAAGACUAUAGCUCAGUUAGAAAAAUUGGAUAAAAAGAUUUUAAGCUUGAAAAAACGAAGCAAUAAUUGUCCAAAAAAGGAAAAAAAAACUGAAUCAUUGUAUAGAGAAUGUGAGGAUAUACGUUUAAUAUUAGAAAAAUUCAACACUUUUGUUGUGAAUAAGCAACAACCAUACUUUAUGUUGCACUAAAAUUAGUAAUAAUUUAUAUUAAAUUUAAUAUUAUAUAAUGAAAUUAUAGUGGAUUAAUUAA